AUGGAUCUGCAUGUAUUACAAGCGAAUAUCAAUCACUCUGCUAGAGCGCAAGACCUGUUGAUGCAGAGCAUGGCAGAGUGGCUGAUAAACAUCGCUAUCGUUGCUGAACCAUAUUAUGUGCCACCUAGAGACAACUGGGCGGGGGACGAGGAAGGUUUAGUUGCCCUCAUUUCGUCAGGAUCUCCACCAAUGGAGAAUAAAUCAAGAGGUAGGGGCUUUGUGGCUUCACAUGUCGGGGAUCUGCUGGUUGUAGGAGUGUAUUUCUCACCUAAUCGACAGCUAGCAGAGUUCGAAGAAUUUCUUGGGCGACUUGGAACUUUUGUGGGCAGCAAUCGGUCUCGGCCCGUCGUUAUCGCAGGAGACUUUAAUGCCAAAUCAACGGCAUGGGGCUCCCCCGUAACAAGUGCAAGGGGACGGCUAGUUGAGGAGUGGGCCCUUGAACUGGGCUUGGUUCUGCUCAACCGGGGCAGCGUACAGACAUGCGUCCGGCAUAAUGGUGGCUCCAUCGUGGACCUUUCGUUCGCGAGUCCCGUCAUCGGACGGCGUAUAUCCGACUGGAGGGUGGUUGAAGGGUCGGAGACAUUGUCGGAUCACAGAUACAUCCGUUUCAGUGUCUGCACAAAUUCAUCUCCAUCACACACACAACGUCGAGCAACUGAAAGCGGUGAAGGUCCACGGUGGGCAGUGAAGAAGCUCAAUCGGGAAGACUUGGAAGAGGCCGCCAUCGUGUUGGGUUGGGCUACACCAGUUCAUAGUGCUAGCAUUGACAUAGACGAGGAAGCUAUGCAGUUUCGACAGGCACUUACACAUUUAUGUGACGUGGCGAUGCCACGUAUACGGAGAUCGCCGAACUACGGCGCUCGUGUGUCAAUGCACGUCACCGGUACGCAAGAUUCCGUAGGAGACGUCGCCACCCUGAGGACGCACCUGUGCGUGAAUCCGAAUUGUAUGCUUUGUAUACAACCGCGAAGAAAGACCUUCAGUUAUCAAUAA